AUGAGCACUGAGGUACAGAUGUUGCUCUCCAGUGGCUGUCGACCAACAAAGCGGCAAGUAUUGAGAUGUGUCAUGACUCUGUUUGACCCAUUAGGGUUGCUCGCUCCGUUUGUUAUUCACGGUAAGGUGCUGAUACAAAACCUCUGGCGAACCGGGGCAGAAUGGAAUCAGGAAGUUGACGAUGUUUCCUUUGAUCUUUGGCGAAAAUGGAACCAGAUGAUCGAGUUCAUCAGUACUGUACGAAUACCCAGAUGUUACUUUAAGCAAGCAACUGCAGAAACGUAUAAAGAUGCACAAAUGCAUGUGCUCACCGACGCCAGUGAGAAAGCCUACGCGUGCGCGGUUUAUAUCAGAGUUGUAACAAAAAACGGAAAGGCGGAGUGUGCUCUACUGGCAGCCAAAGCUAAAGUCGCUCCGGUGAAACCUAAGUCUAUUCCUAGGCUUGAGCUCGAGGGCUGCGAACUAGGAACGCGGCUGGCGAGACACGUUCAGGAGCACCACCGCGUUAUUCUGACCAGACGCUUUUUCUGGACCGAUUCGACAACAGCGCUGUCAUGGAUCCGAGCAGAUCCUCGAAAUUAUCGGCCCUUCGUAGCUCAUCGUGUUGGAAAAAUCCUAGAUUCAUCGAAUAUAACCGAAUGGAGAUGGGUAUCAUCAAAACUGAACCCGGUGAACGAAGCAACCAAAUGGGGAAAAGGCCCAUACUUCAGCGAUGGGAGUAAAUGGUUUUCGGGGCCAGAUUUUCUGCGACUGCCUGAAGAAAGGUGGCCACAUACCGUGGAAUCUUCCAUAGCCACGACGGAAGAAUCAAGAGCGUUCGUUAUGCUUCACACAGCGAUUUGCUCUGUUAUUAGUUAUGAACGAUUCAGUCGCUGGGAGAGAAUGCACAGAGCCAUGGGUUACGCGCUCCGAUUUUUGAACAACUCUCGGUCCGAUCGCUCGAACUAUCAUCGCAUUCAUCGCCAUGCUAACUCAGAAACAGUCGUAAAUGAAAUGCGAUAA